AUGACUUGGUUUACGACCCUACAAACGUCACUUCUUCUUGUGACACUUGUCUCGUACACUCUCGCUUUUGAUAUUUUACCCCAUCAUCAUCAUCAUCGAGCUUCCCAUGAAACGCUUGAUGCUUUGGCACCAUCGCCCUACUAUUCCACAACUCAAUACACCAUUCAACCUAAUAAUUAUGUGGCUACUGCUGUCACCAUAAGUUAUGGACAUUUUGACGUUCUGGCAGUGGGUGCUGUUGGUUCGACAUUUGAGGUCCAAGCCUGUUCCACUACUGUGAAUUUACAAAAUGCAUGGGGAACUUUUUGUUUUCUACUUGCAACCUCAUUCACAGCCAAUGCUUAUCGUCAACAAUUUUACAAUGAAAAGUCUACACCUCUUUACAUUGUGUUAAGAAACACUGAUUCCUCUCAAACUGCAACAGUUAAGGAACUGUUUGUGAAUCGAGUUUCCGCUCCUAGAUUUAUCGGAAAUACAUUUUCACUGAGUAUUCCGUUGAAUUCAGACUACUAUUUUCAUGCAAAAGAUUUAAUACAACCUUAUUACAAGUAUUGGAGAGUGACUGUGGCAGCUUCGCAAUCAGAUUCCUCCUUACCAUUUACUUUACAGAUCGAUGCUGGUUUCAAUCAAAAUCGAACAGUCGAUCAAACUCAACAAUUUACCAUUAAGAAUCUCUCCGAGAGUUAUCCAUUCAUUUAUGCACCGAGGAAUAUUGUGUACCCAACCAGUCCUUACACAAGAAUUCGUUGUACUCAAGCCACCAGUGACACCUGCCAUGUGGCUGUAAGUUUGUAUCAACCAUUUGAUGAACAGCCACCCACAAAUCAAACAACUCCCACCUCUCCCGAUAGUCUGGGAGCCAUAAUUGGUGGUGCAGCCGGUGGAGUCCUUGUUGUUGUUGCUGUAGCUGUGAUUGUCAUUGGUGUUGUUUUAUAUUGUGUUUGUUCAGUGAUUCCAAAGCGAAAAAAUCAAAAGAAAUUAGAAGCAAAUAAGAGCAAACAAGGGCAACUUCAUGAAGACCAUCACACGAAUUUGCAUUUACUGGCCGAGCAUGAAAUACAUGAAUUGGAUCAACACGUGAUAGACAUGCAUCACACUGAGGAUAUGCUCCAUCAUGAUGCUUCCAAUCAGGUAAAUUCCAAUCGUCCCAACACGAAUAAUUCUUUGGCAGAGGUCAGUAAAAAAGAUGAUAAGAAAAGAGAACAAACACCAAAUAAUCCAUCAGAAUCAGACUUUCCACAUGACUCAGUGUUUGAUUCGUUUGAAACGUUUAGAAUUCGAACCACACAACAACCACUCCUGACAAACAGCCAUGAUCCAAACUCACAUUCCAAUAAUAUCAAUUCAACAUCCUCAACCAACUCGCAGAAUGACGAGCAAGACGAUAUGUUGAAAGGACGAUACAAAUGCAUACGAGAAAUUGGAUCAGGAUCAUUUGGAAGAUGUUAUCUGUGUGAAGACACCAAACGAAAUAAUAUGCAAGUAGCCAUCAAGUUAAUUCCUGUUGAAGAGAGUAAUCUGGAAGCCAUCUUUCAGGAAUGUUCAAAAACACUUGGAGUUAAUCACAAGAACUUGGUGAAAGUUUUUGAAUUUUUCUACGCCAAACAUUUACGAGCAUUAGGAAUUGUGAUGAAAUUUUACAAAUUAGGCGAUUUGGAAGGGUGUUUAAAAAAGGGAGUGAUUACCAACACCAUGCUCGUUUCUCUGAUUCAACAACUUGGAGAAGCCUUAGAUUAUUUACAUAACACCCAAUGCAUUCUUCAUCGCGAUAUUAAACCCAAGAAUAUAUUUGUGGAAGAAUUUGAUCCAGAACGAGAUCAAAUAGAUGUCACUCUCGGAGAUUAUGGAGAGAGCAAAGGUAGGUUUGCGAUCAUGAUCAUCAUUCUCACCUCAACAAUAAUUAUUCAAAGAUUUGUUCGAAAGCGGACCAAUAACUCAUUUAAAGGAACUUUGUUGUACAUGGCCCCUGAAGUACUCACGCACGAGCAUUAUGGAACCGCUGCUGAUGUGUUUUCUCUUGGUGUGACGUUGUAUCAAAUUGUAUGUGGCUCCAACAAAAUUCCAUCGGUAGUCGGCACGCGAAUGUUAAAGAAUGAAAUUGAAAUGGAUCAAGAAAUUUCACAAAAUUUAAAGGAGAAGGGAGUGGAUGAGAAUACCAUUCAAUUCAUUUUGUCCAUGCUUAAUGUUGAUCCAGACAAAAGGCCCAAAGCUCAAGACAUUAAGAAUUUUAGAAGGAACGUAUAA